AUGCGUUGGGCGGAGGAAAUGAGGAAGGGCCUGGCCAGUGAGGAGAAAGUGGAAGGAAUGGAAUUUACACAGCAGAUCGCAUUCUUCUCCUCGACUAAGAAGUCUUCACCACUUGCCGACCAUGGCAUCUCUGGGUUCCUGGCUGUCAUGGUCACCCCGGAGAAACAGCUUGAAGUCUUGGGAAACUUUGAGACAUCUCGUUCAUCCUAUAAGGGGUACGGUGUACCAUAUAUGCUGCCACAUGAUCCCAAAUACCUCAUCCCUUCUAGCUGUUUCCACGUCGACUUGGCAACACAAGCACGACUUUCUUGUAUCGUCGGAGCCCAACACAAUACCAGCAACCGCGCCGCUUUCCAGGACAAGAAGGUCAUGCUGCUCAGCGGCAGAGCACACCUCCUAUCCGGUGAUAUCAUGGCAGACCGGGCCCGAGCGAGCCCUCACCAAUCUCGGCGUGAAGUGGCGCAGAACAUAAAGCUUGCCAUGCAGAGGAAGGACCAAGUCCCGGCCAAAGGGCCCCCCUUCGACAUUAGCGUCUGCUCUGUCGGCCCUGAUGAUGGCGUUGAUCGAGUUGAUUGGUUCCCUAUGCCUUCGUUCCUCGUCCGAAAGCUCAAAAGUAGCACCUUGGGAGCCGAUAUAGCUCCAAAUAUCAUCAAGUAA